AUGGAGUUUGGCGGCCUCCCUUACGACGACUCCGUCCCAGCUCCCGAACCAGCGGCGGCUGGAGACAUGGACAUUGACCACCCCAUGCUCGACCGCGCGCUGGAUGACUUCCCGGCCCCUCGUCGCGGCAGCGGCAGCGGUGAUCGUGCCGAGAGCGGCCCCGUCCCCGAGCACGUCCAAGGUCUUCUCGGUCGCAUGGGACGUGGAAAGGUCUACCUCUCAGAGGAGAGUACCGGUGUUUUGUUUCACGAUGGAGACAAGAGGAUCAAGCGUGAUCCCCAACUUGCUCGUCUCGCCGAGGAGCUUGACAAGCAGGACCCAACGACUUGGCUGGCGGCUAUCUCGGAACAGUCGACCUCUCCUAUCCGCCCCAACGCGCUCUUCGUGUCCAGCUCCCUCAUCAAGCACCUUUCGACUGCCAAGGUGUUCACUUGGUGCUCUGAGCUCGGUGCUACUGCUAUGGGCAUGGAGUGGUUGAACGACACGACUCUUGUCCUCCUCUUCGACACUCCCUCUGCGGCCCUUCUCGGCCUCUCGAUGCUCGCAAAGGCCGGCUUCGACCCAACAGAGGGCGACGACCCGCUCAUGGAGCGUGCAGCCCACGGAUUCCCACACAUGCUUCUUCCUCGCGCCGAGCCCAAGCCGGAGCCUGUAAAGCCACGUGCAGGCGACGAGACGAUGGCCGACGAGGGCGCCGACGGCGCCGAGCCCACAGCCACCACCACCACCACCGACGCCGACGUCGACGCUCCCCCUGCUGAAGAGCCCGUGCGCCGUCGUGGACGUGGUGCCUUCUCCGCGCGUGAACCGUCUGGAUCGGCCCACGGCGCCUUUGACCUGGCCCCCCUCGCUCCUGCCAAGCGCGAGCAGGAGUUUGCUGAGGGUGUCGACCCGUACGCGCGCGUCACCAUCCGAUAUGCGCUCGAGUCGGACGCCAAGCAGAGGCGCGAUGCCAACCAGUCGGAAUGGUACGCUCGCCACGGUCGUACGGCUGGCAAAGAGCGCGCUCCUCAACGAAGGGGUUAUGGACGCGAGGGACCCGUGGAGCUCAAGGACCGCGUGGCUACGGCCGGCGAGGGACGGGAGUUUGCGCGCCGCAUUGGACGCGAGAGGGCCGCCCCAUAUGCCAGGCCUGAGAGGCAGAGGAGGUCGAAUGUGUCCGACCUGGAUGCGGACCUGGAAAGCUUUGCUGCGCGCCGCGACGGGCAGCUGGACGCCAUGUUCUCCGCGCGCAAAGAGGAGUAG